AUGAUUUCGUUGCCAGAAACAACCAGCUUCGACUCAUCAUCUCAAGUCUGCGCAAGUGCGACUACCGCGACCAUAACAACUACCGCCGACAUCUCUUCGCAAAUAACGCUCCCGGCCUCCAUCUUUCCGGCUACCCAAGAGGACAACCAAGCGGACAGCCAUGGUAUGACGAUCUCAAUCAACGCUCUCGUCGGGGUCGUGGUGGGCUGUACCAUUGCGGUGAUAUUCGUGGCCCUCGUAACUUGCAUGUGGUGGAGUCGGCGACGGCGGGAAAGGGAUGAGAAGCGUCAACAAGCACAGAGACUGGCAUCGCCACGGCUUGUGGACGAGGAGCUUGUUCCCCCGGGCCUAGAAGGCGUUUUCAACCCCAUGGCUUCGGAUGGCCCAGGCAGUAUUUUCGAUCGCGCUGAAGGCCGCAUGUCCAAGAUAUCUCACGAAAGCGGAUCGUUCCCCAUCCUACCACCACUCCGCGAUAGUUACUUGAGCGGCAGUACGCCCAGAAAACUUGCGACGAGCCCACUAUCACCAAACACGCCAAACACUUCAUCAACUAUGCCCAAAUCUGCCGAGCUCGACUCAAGUCCAAUGUGCGAACUUUACUCUUCUGACCCCCCCAAACACGGAAAGUUGCCAUGUCCUCAACAGGAAGACAAACCCCGUGCUGACGGACCAACCGCGGGCGACGCUGAACAGUACUCAGCAAGAACGAGAGUCCAACACAUGUGUAAAUAGCUGGACAAGGUUCCAAAACGUUCAACUUUGAAAACAAAGCUGAAUAUGGGCAGGCAUUCUUGAU